ACACUUUGACGCCGUAAUACUGGAGAAACACAUUACUAAAUUCAGAAAGGUCUAACAAGCUCUUUAGCCAGCAAUUUUCUUAUAUCGCAUGCCAAUUGUUGCAAGGUCUGCAGAAGCCUGUAAGGGGUUAUUCCUGUAAUUUUUAAACUUUAGUCCUGGCAACAUCACGCUAACGGCGCGCGGUGUGCGCUCGGUAUGCGCUCGGCAGUCGUGGGCCUGUAGGCCACAAACCGCAACGGUUUUCACAUUUGAGCGUUUGUUGCCGUUUUGAAAAUGGAACGAGAAGUACAGAACACUUAUUCUUUCAUCAAACUUAUUAAACAAAUAGAAAGGUUCCCUUCGCUUUAUAAUUAUAAUUUACAGGAUUAUUCUAACAAAGCAGUAACUGAUAAAUUAUGGGCUGAAAUCGCAAAGAAAACGAAUGGCACAGUUGGUGAAUGCAAAGAAAAAUGGAGGAAUAUACGAUCAUCUUUUCUUAGAAGUAGGAAAGCCCCGACAAAUGGCUCCCGACCAAAAAAGGUGUAUUACCUGGCCGAACACUUAGAAUUCGUAUUACCUUUCCUAAAAAGUCGUGACGUCACAUGGCACAGAGAAGACGAAGAACAAGAAAGUAUAGGAGAAAGUGAUACCCAAUCGCAAGAUUGCAAUUUUGAAGUAGAAAAAAGUGAAGUAGACGAUUUUGAGGUUAUGAAUAAAGAGGAAGAUGACAGGAAUUUCUUUACUGAACCUUCUAUUACUAAUGUUGUUAAUAGAAAACGAUAUAUAUCUGAAGAUGAAACAAAUGAGGACGUAAAAAGAAAGGAUAAUCCCAAAGCAGCCAAAUCUACACACCCGAUGCAUUAUUUCUUCCUUAGUUUAUUGGAUGAAUUUGACACGAUGGAUGAGCGUCAAAUAAGGCAGUUUAAAAUAAGAGUGUUACAAGUUAUAGAUGAUAUUAAAGCAAGCAAAGUAACACAACCUUUCGGAGUGUCCGUAUCUCCAGAAUCAUUUCACGUUGCGUUCAAAUCUUCGCCUGCUUAUGCUACUUCACAAAAUCUUGUUGCAUAUUCUACAAAAUAUUCGGCAGAUAAAAAAAAUACACAGACCGCUGGUCCUUCGUCAUCAUCAAGGCUCGUUGGAACAAAACAAAAAUAUGCCAUAGAAAAGAAUGUACAGGACGCGGAAUUUGAGGGAGAUGCAGUUAUAAAGUUAGAUAACGAUUUUACUUUUGAUUAAAAGCAAUCAUAAAAUAAUUAGGGUACUGUCACUACUUGUAUACGUAAAUCUCCGAUGAAUAGGUACAUAUAUCUGUUAUGUAAAUUACGCAUUUAUUGAGUCAUCUCAGGGCUAUAAAUUGUACCAACUAGGAACCAAUUCACGAUCGAGAGAAAAUAAUAUGAACCUAAUGAAGGCUUCUAUAGACCUUGCAAAUAAUGGAAUGCGAUUUUAGAUGAUUGCUGGUUAAGUAAAUAGGAGCAACGAAUUCAAUGGCUCGAUCAAAUGCCGCAGUGUGGCAAAUCGCAUGCGUCAGUGACAUUUAGUCACCAUAAGUUUUUUUUUCUCCGCGUAAUUGUAUAAAUAUUGUGGCAAAUAUCGACAAGCUUGUUUCUGGCGAAGAGCAGUAGAGGUUAUUUUGCGCAGGAGGUACUAAUAAGCAGUGAGGGGUGCAAUUUUAUUAUAGAAUGAAAAUAAGGGUGCUAAAUGUCAUAUCUAUAAAAAAGCCCGCAAAAUAAAAGGUACAAAAUUAAUUACUCUGGAAUUCUCGGCGCAUAAAAGUCAAGAAACCUUGGCCUAAUGGGAAAAUGUGCUAAUGAUUGAAGCGGAUUGUUUUAUAAAUUAUAAUUUUUUGGAACACUCUUU